AUGGGGGUGCCGUGGGCCGAGGCGCGGGCGAGGUUCUUCAGCCACGGCCCCAACAAGGUGGCCCUGGACGCCAUCGAGCGCGCCGCCUUCUUCCUGACGCUGGACGAGGAGGAGCACGGCCAGGAGCCCACCCGGCCCGGCUGCAUGGACGCCUACGCCAAGUCCCUGCUGCACGGCCGCUGCUACGACCGCUGGUUCGACAAGUCCUUCACGCUGGUGGUCUACAAGAACGGCAAGAUCGGGGCCAACGCCGAGCACUCCUGGGCCGAUGCCCCCAUCAUCGGGCACCUCUGGGAGUUCAUGCUGGCCACGGACAAGUUCCAGCUGGGCUACACGGAGGGGGGGCACUGCAAGGGGGACCCCAGGUGGCAGCUGGCCCCCCCCCAGCGCCUGCAGUGGGACAUCCCCCCCGAGGGGGUGGCGGCCAUCGAGGCGUCGCUGAAGGUGGCACGGGCGCUGGCCGAGGACGUGGAUUUCUGCUGCUUCCUCUUCUCCACCUUCGGCAAGGGGCUCAUCAAGCGCUGCCGCACCGGCCCCGACGCCUUCAUCCAGAUCGCCCUGCAGCUGGCACACUUCCGCGACAAGGGCUCCUUCUGCCUGACCUACGAGGCCUCCAUGACGCGGCUGUUCCGCGAGGGCCGCACCGAGACCGUGCGCUCCUGCACCUCCGAGUCCACGGCCUUCGUGCGCAGCAUGGCCGACAGCCAGCGCAGCCGCUCGGAGCGGCAGCAGCUGUUCAAGGCGGCGGCCGAGAAGCACCAGCAGCUCUGUCGCCUCGCCAUGACCGGCGCGGGCAUCGACCGCCACCUCUUCUGCCUCUACCUGGUGUCGCGGUACCUGGGCAUGCAGAGCCCCUUCCUGGCCAAGGUGCUGUCGGAGCCCUGGCGCCUCUCCACCAGCCAGACCCCGCAGCAGCAGCUCAAGAUGUUCGACUUUGAAAAAUUCUCCGACCACGUCUCCAGCGGCGGCGGCUUCGGCCCCGUGGCAGACGAUGGUUAUGGGGUGUCCUACAUCAUCUCCGGGGAGAACCUCAUCACCUUCCACGUGUCCAGCAAGUUCUCCAGCCCCGAGACGGACUCGCAGCGUUUCGGCCGCAACAUCCGCCAGGCCAUGCUGGACAUCGCGGCACUCUUCGACAAACCCGCCCCCGAGGGCAAGAAGUGACCGGGGGGCCGCGGGGCUCCCGGGUUUGGGGGGGCCGGGGGUCGCUGCCCUGGACCUGCUCCCAAUAAAGGCUCUUGGUGUGA